GGUCUGAGGGCCGACAGGUGGCACAGGGAGGGCGAGCAGAUUCCUCUCCAAAAUUUCCUUUAGCCCUGAGGUCUGCGACCUGCGGCCACCGGGGAACCUGCAGCUACUGCCUCAGGAACUGCGGCCAUUCCCAUUGGUCAGCGAAGUGGGCGAGGACUCCCACCCUGGCUUCUUAUUGGGCGUCCGUGCCGUCACCUCCCGGCUGCCGGAGCCCUCCAGCCUUUCCCGCCCGCGGCGCUCUGCGAUUGGCCACCACGGCCGAGGCCGGGGAUCCUGGGCACCCGGGUCCAAGCAGCAUCUGCGGGGUUCCUUUGGGCGGUGCAGCCCGCCACUGUGGGCGGAAAGUUCGAGUCCGGCCCUGGAUGGGAAGUUGGCGUGGCCGAGAUGCCUUCCAACUUUUUUCCCCGACCUCCUUCUAUGGCCGCUUCAGGCACUUCUUGGACAUCAUCGACCCUCGAACGCUCUUUGUCACUGAGAGGCGUCUCAGAGAGGCUGUGCAGCUGCUAGAGGACUACAAGCAUGGGACCCUGCGCCCAGGGGUCACCAAUGAACAGCUCUGGAGUGCACAGAAAAUCAAGCAGGCUAUUCUACACCCGGACACCAAUGAGAAGAUCUUCAUGCCCUUUAGAAUGUCAGGUUACAUUCCUUUUGGGACACCAAUUGUGGUUGGUCUUCUCUUGCCCAACCAGACACUGGCAUCCACUGUAUUCUGGCAGUGGCUGAACCAGAGUCACAACGCUUGUGUCAACUAUGCAAACCGCAAUGCUACCAAGCCUUCACCUGUGUCCAAGUUCAUCCAGGGCUACCUGGGAGCUGUCAUCAGUGCUGUCUCCAUCGCUGUGGGCCUUAACGUCCUGGUUCAGAAAGCCAACAAGUUCACUCCGGCCACCCGCCUUCUCGUCCAGAGAUUCGUGCCGUUCCCCGCCGUAGCCAGUGCCAAUAUCUGCAAUGUGGUCCUAAUGCGCUACGGGGAGCUGGAGGAAGGGAUCGAUGUCCUGGAUGGUGACGGCAACCUCGUGGGCUCCUCCAAGAUUGCAGCCAGACACGCCCUGCUGGAGACGGCGCUGACACGAGUGGUCCUCCCCAUGCCUAUCCUGGUGCUACCGCCGAUCGUCAUGUCCAUGCUGGAGAAGACAGCUCUCCUGCAGGCACGCCCCCGGCUGCUCCUCCCUGUGCAAAGCCUUGUGUGCCUGGCGGCCUUUGGCCUGGCCCUGCCACUGGCCAUCAGCCUCUUCCCACAGAUGUCAGAGAUUGAAACUUCCCAGUUAGAGCCUGAGAUUGCCCGGUCCACCAGCAGCCGGACAGUGGUGUACAACAAGGGGCUGUGAGUGGUGGCCAGCCAGCCUGGGGAUGGAGUGCUGUCGGGCUGGGGAGUUGGGUGUGGGGAACGGAGUCUCAGGGGAUGCACCUGCAGGGAGGGGCAAGCUGACCCCACCAGUCCUGGGCCACCUGGGGGAGUACUGCACUGCAGUGUAGGUAAACUAAUCUAUUCACAUGCUAACAUAAGGGAGAGGAACGCUGACACAUUUCCUGUAAAAAAUAAUCAAGUGCAUUUCUGGGCCUUACCUGGGGUUGUUAAAACUCUACUCAGCACAAUUGUGUAUGAAGCUGAAAAAUUGUAGUGCCCAUGGGGUAGAAUUAGGAUCCUUUUAUACUUUGGUUUCUUUUCUCUUUUUCUUUUUUAUCAGAAUCGAGUCUGAGCCUUGGUCACAGCUGCCCAGAUGCAGCAGGUAGACCAGUGGUGGGAGUAGGAUAGGCCUGGGAGCUGGUUGGUUUGGUUUGCUGGGCUGGCCUUGGGUGGGGAGGGUUGGUGGUCUACACCUCACAGGAUGAACCAACUAUGACUAAGGCCCUCAGGAGGUGGCCCAGGGAAUCAAGGAGCACUGGAGGCCUCCAGAAGUUUCUGUGGGCAGCUGGCUCUAUGUGGCUGGCCCUCAUCCAUGCCACACCUGCAGAACCAAUCCCUCUGCACGAAGCCCAGGGCUAUACUCGGGUCGGGAGCUACCCUUCAUGGAGCCCUGAUCGAUCUGAGGCUCCUGAGAUGACCCAGCCGCAGGCAGGAAGCCCCAGGAAGGAUCAAUGUUUGGCGGAAACUGUGGGCCUGCACAUCAGCCUCUGCAAGAAGAUCCUUCUUCAAGUCACCAGGCUGGAAUCUGGGCUGUGGGGGCUAUGGGUGGGGCUGGAGCAAGGCUCUCUGAACCUUCCUGCCAGUUCCUGGAAGGGAGGGCCAUAUUCCUGAGAGGGAGGAGACCAGAUUUCUAGGCACCCAUUGGAGAGGCAGCAUGAACCCAGCAACUGCGGGCCCCAGCGCGAGCACUGACAAGCUGGGUGACCUUGGAUGAGUUCACUCCCUUCCUCUGAGCCUCUAUUCUCUAUCCGGAACCAGAGGACUGGAUGGAAGGGUUCUCAUGAGCACUUCCAGCUAGAUCUCGUCUUGGCCUGUCCUGCCCAGAUGCUGGUUAUUCUGGGCACAUCCCCAGUGUGCACACUGGACUGGGAAAGGGGCAGGCCCCUUUGGGAAUGGCCAGCAGCUGGCCUUAGAACCUGGACAUCGCACUUCUGUAUGUGAGCCCACAUCCUGGAACACCUGACCUUUGCCAAACAUUUGAGUUCUGAAGGAGGUAGUACGGAUGUCUGGGCCUGAGUGUGAGGCCAAACCUGCAUGCCUCUCACCCUGCAUUGGCCUCCAAAGAUGCUGCUGCCGCUUCCUGCCCCGCUCCCACCUGCGGGCCAGGGAAGAGAGCCCUGCGGGAGUUCUGCCCAGGAGAGCAGGGCCUUGCAUCUGAAAGGCCCAAACAAAAAGGCAGCGUGGGCUUCAGUGCGCCCUCUGCCUUACCCCAGACAGAACGGACCCCUCCACACGCAGCCGCAGGGACUCCUCCCUUGGCGACUCCGCCUGGAGAGAGAUGGCGCCAGAGGGGAAUGUGCACGUGCAGGAGGAGGCUGGUGCAGAGCAGCAAGGGCGCAGCCAUGGGUGGCUCUCGCUGUCCGCAGAGCAGGGGUAGUGUGGUGAGGCAGGUCUCCCACAGACAUUGACACCAUGUACCCCUCAGAAACCCUGUUGCCCUCACCUCCCAGCCAGGCCCUGGUACCCCAGUUAGGGUCUGCAGGAUGCUGCCCUGAGGGCCCCCCUCUCAUGAGGAGCAGCCCAACCUCUGCCCAUCAGAGAAGGCAGAGCAAGCAUGGAGGACAAAACAGCAGAGAGAAGGGGCCAUGGUGUUGGAGGGGCAGGUAUUUUUGAGCUACUCCCAUCAAUGGGACUGUGCCAAUGACCAGGGCUGGGCAUGUCUGGUUCCUCUUUUGAAAGCUCACUUCAAGCUCACCCUGCCCCAACUCUCAUUGGGUCUUUUUCUUAUGCACUUUACCUUAGGACCAAAACUGCCCACCCAGCCCACUCCCACCCCCUCCAGAGGCCUGGCAGAGGUGGGGUGUCUCCAACUCCCCACUUUGUGCUGGCUUCUCCUGCCCAGCCCAGCCCCAGCCCUGUGGCCUUGGCAUCUCAUAACCUACUUACUUUGUCUCCCGGGUGAUUUCCAUUCAUGUUCCCAUGCAAUGUCAGGUUGAGUUAAGUGAGUUCCUCGGGGUGGGGAUGGCAAGGAUCCUUAUAGCUCAGGGGGAUGGUGACAGAGGUUCAACGGGCCAUGCUGCUAAGCCCUGGAGUGGCUACAGAAAAAAACAUGAGGGGAAACUUGGCCAAUGUCCAUCCCCCACUCUGCUGAGGCCAGAGGAAGGGAGGCUGAGCCAGGACCCACAGUCAGGGUGGGGUUGGCCCAGCUGUGCCAGAAUACAGGGCAUAGCAGCAACUGGUUCUCCAGCUUUUGGUAUACCUGCCCAGCCUUCCUCUGGUCACUUCAAACAUCCCCUCAGGCUCAGGACCUCCUCCUGUUUUCAGAGAGCAAUCUGGAGGCAUAGGGACAAAAGCCCAGGAUGUCAACAUGGCUGCUGGGUCAAGAUAGCUGACAGCCCCCUUCCCACCUUCUGUCCUGGGCAUCUGGCCUGAGAGAAGGGUGGGGUCCUGAGAGAAGGGUCCAGUGGGCAGAAGCAAGGUGAUUUUCCAGCCCCGGGCCAGUGUGAGUAGGCACCAGCCCACAUGCCUCGCCCAUGCCCAGGGGACUUUGCAGUGUCUUUUUAACCUUCUCAGAAAAUUUCUCAGUCUCUGUGAUUUAUGUACUACUAAUGAGAUGUGGACAAUAAAUGAUGGAUUUAAAGUA